UAAAGCCGUCGAAGCUGGUGUUUUCCGCGGCGGUGAAGAAGCAGAGCUACGCCGUGACAGUGUCAGCCGACAGCCAGAAUCUGGCACUGGGCGACGCCGGUGCUGUAUUUGGCUGGCUUUCUUGGUCCGAUGGAAAGCAUGUGGUCCGCAGCCCACUCGUAGUGACCCAAAUAGAACCGUUGUAAAGGUCAAAAUUAAGCAAAAAGAGAACAGCUUGGAAUUCGAUCAUCCCCUUAUGAUCGAUGAUGCAAACCUUUGUGUUUUUUACAAGGGCCAAGUUUGAACUUUGAAAUGUUCCCUUUCUUUUUUCUUUUUUUUACAGUUUUCUUUUUGUUCUUCCCAAACUAGAAGCCUUAUCAACUUAGCGUCAUAUGUUGUUGUGUACUGCACUGUAAUUCUUAGAAUUUGAGAUAUUUAUAUAAAUCUCAGUAAGUUAUGGGUUUCAGAACCAUUUCCUUUCUCA